CUUAUGUGGCUACCAUUAGAUUCUGUUUACAUGUUACAUCAUAUCUUUGUCCUUCAACAAUCAAAGGAACCUUGAAAAUCACUUGUUUGAGUAAAGUGGUAGUAGCUCAGAGAUAGCAAGAAAUUAAGAGAGAUUCAAAACACAAAUUUUAUUUUUCACUUUCCUCUCAUAGUUUUAACAAAUGGCAACUUCUAUGAUGACCACUUUCCCUCAAUUCACUGGUCUUAGACCACAAUUCUCGGCUUCUCCUGUCCAGGGUUUGGUGGCCGUCCAACCCAUGACAAGGCGCAAGGGGAAGGGUGCUUUGGGAGUUCGCUGUGACUUCAUUGGUUCAUCCACUAAUUUGAUUAUGGUGGCAUCUACAACCUUAAUGUUGUUUGCUGGAAGAUUUGGAUUGGCACCCUCAGCAAACAGGAAAGCAACUGCAGGACUAAAGCUUGAGACAAGGGACUCAGGCUUGCAGACUGGUGAUCCAGCUGGUUUCACUCUUGCUGAUACUUUGGCAUGUGGAAGUUUUGGCCACAUUAUUGGUGUUGGUGUGGUUCUUGGUCUUAAGAACAUUGGUGCUUUGUAAAAAAUGGAAAAAAAUACUAUGUUGUGAACUUGUGUUGUAUCUGUAAUCAGUUUUAAUGUACUUUUAUUUUUGUAUCUGAGACUUUACCUUUACUGUUUCUUAA